AUGGGUAUGAGUCCAACUGUUCCAGAGGCAACAAGUGGCAACAGCCAUGGGUCAGCGGCCCACCGUUCCAGAGGCAACAAGCGACAGCAGCCAUGGGUCAGAGUCCCACCGUUCCAGAGGCAACAAGCGGCAGCAGCCAUGGGUGAGAGGCCCACCGUUCCAGAGGCCACAAGCGGCAGCAGCCAUGGAGGCCCACCGUUCCAGAGGCUACAAGCGCAGCAGCCAUGGGUAGGAGGCCAACCAUUCCAGAGGCAACAAGCGGCAGCAGCCAUCGGUAAGAGGCCAACCGUUCCAGAAGCAACAAGUUGCAGCAGAGAUAGGUCAGAGGCCCACCGUUCCAGAGGUAACAAGCGACACCAGCCAUGGGUCAAAGGCCCACCGUUGCAGAGGCAACAAGCGGCAGCAGCCAUGGGUGAGAGGCCCUCCUUUCCAGAGGCAACAAGCGGCAGCAGCCAUGGGGGAGAGUCCCACCGUUCCAGAGGCAACAAGCGGCAGCAGCCAUGGGUCAGAGGCCAACCGUUCCAGAGGCAACAAGUGGCAGCAGCCAUGGGUCAGAGGCCCACCAUUCCAGAGGCAACAAGCGGCAGCAGCCAUGGGUCAGAGGCCAACUGUUCCAGAGGCAAUAAGCGGCAGCAGCCAUGGCUCAGAGGCCCACUGUUCGAGAGGCAACAAGCGACAGCAGCCAUGGGUAGGAGCCCACCGUUCCAGAGGCAACAAGCGGCAGCAGCCAUGGGUGAGAGUCCCACCGUUGCCGAGGGAACAACCGGCAGCAGCCAUGGGUCAGAGGCCAACCGUUCCAGAGCAACAAGUGGCAGCAGCCAUGGCUCAGAGGCCCACUGUUCCAGAGGCAACAAUCGACAGCAGCCAUGGGUGAGAGUCCCACCGUUCCAGAUUCAACAACUGGCAGCAGCCAUGGGUCAGAGGCCAACUGUUCCAGAGGCAACAAGUGUCAGCAGCCAUGGGUCAGAGGCCCACCGUUCCAUAGGUAACAAGCGACAGCAGCCAUGGGUCAGAGGCCCACCGUUCCAGAGGCAACAAGCGGCUGCAGCCAUGGGUGAGAGGCCCACCGUUCCAGAGGCAACAAGCGGCAGCAGCCAUGGAUCAGAGGCCAGCUGUUCCAGAGGCAACCAGUGGCAGCAGCCAUGGGUCAGAGGCACACUGUCCCAGAGGCAACAAGCGACAGCAGCCAGGGGUGAGAGGCCCACCAUUCCAGAGGCAAUAAGCGGCAGCAGCCAUGGGUCAGAGUCCCACCGUUCCAGAGGCAACAAGUGGCAGCAGCCGUGGCUCAGAGGCCCACUGUUCCAGAGGCAACAAGCGACAGCAGCAAUGGGUGAGAGGCCCACCGUUCCAGAGGCACAAGCGGCAGCAGCCAUUGGUGAGAGGCCCAACGUUACAGAGGCAACAAGCGGCAGAAGCCAUGGGUCAGAGGCCAACUGUUCCAGAGGCAACAGGGGCAGCAGCCAUGGGACAGCGGCCCACCGUUCCAGAGGCCACAAGUGGCAGCAGCCAUAG